CCGGUCUACUGGGAAUAUUUUUAUCAUUAUCACAACAACACUAACAAUCAAACAACUUACACUUUCACACUACUCAACAACUCUUUCACCUCACUUUCAACUUCAUAACUCAUAAACCAUCAAAAUGUUCUCCAAGAUCGUCUCCGCUACUCUCCUCCUCGCCGCCACUGUCUCCGCGGCACCCGCCUCCAAGACCGUCCGCUCAACACCCGACAAGACCGUCACUCUCACCGGUGUAACCCACUCCGUCAACGCCGGCCUCGGUGGUCUCCGCUUCGACCCCGACAACGUCGUCGCUGAAGUCGGCGACGUUGUCGAGUGGCACUUCCUCCCCAAGAACCACACCGUCGCCCAAUCCAGUUUCGGCGAGCCCUGCGAACCUCUCGCCGACGGCAGCGGUUUCUUCGCCGGCUUCAACUUCCCUACCCAGGAGGGCCAGGCUCCUGAUGUCUUCCAGAUUGUGGUUGAGGACUCCAAGCCUAUCUGGUACUACUGUGCUCAGCAGAUGGGAGACCACUGCCAGAACGGCAUGGUUGGUGUCAUCAACCAGAACUUUGAUAACCAGGACUUCAGCCUCCGAAGACACAAGGAGCUUGCUGCUGAGACUGUCAAGUCGGUCAUCCCUCCUGUUCAGCAGGGUGGACAGGUCAUUCCUAACCCCAACCCUAACGGCGGCUUCUAAGUUAGUUAAAAUAUGAGGUGUCAGGCAUUAGCACAGCGCUUUCUUACGGAUAUCGGCUUUACAUUAGCGAAGAGGUGGUGGUGACAUACGGGAUAGAAUAGGAUUUGGGCUGGGAUUGCAUUUACCUUUUACAUCUCCUUCAUUCUUUUCGAGAUAUAUAUAUUCAGACUUCAAUAGAUUGUUCUUCC